AUGAGCGCGCCCAUCAACCAAAGAACCAUUCCUCUGGAGAUCAUCGAGCAUAUUGUCGACCAGUUUGGGGACUCUCUUUUAGACCUGAAGACUUGCAGUCUUGUUUGCCGGGACUGGCUUCCGAGAGCUCGACACCACCUCUUUCGUUCUAUCUCGCUCCCAGUCGAAGAGAACAACUUAACAUUGAUCUCGACAUCUCCUUCACCUCACCGUAUUGUAGAUACGGAGUCUAUUCUUGACAUCCUUCAUUCUUCACCCCACUUGAUCGCACACAUCCAGAAACUCACUCUGGAUUUCCGGUAUUCUUUACGACUGGUAUGCUCAUCCGAACCAUGGCUUGUGGAGCUAGCUCGCAUGAUGAAUCACUUGCGGCGACUUGUGUUGUUCAUGUUUCCUAUUUACAAUCUUUCUCCGAAAAUGCAACGUGUUUUACCGGAGUUACUCAACGGGAAUACUUUACUGGACACGAUAGUCAUUGACUCAUGCGUCUUCAGGGAUGCGCCAUCGUUCUGGACGUUCCUCCGUCAUACAGCUCAAUUACCAAACCUUCGACAUUUGGUUCUCAUCGGAGUCGUCUUAAAGAAUGUCCCAUCAGCACGCGAUGUAAACGAUAUAGAGCAAUCCACGACGAACUUGGAGAGGACAACAGGAGGUAAACUUACGACUAUGGCCCAACCAACGAAACUCUCUACAUUAGAACUCGGCCAAAUGAGCGUUUUCCCUCUCUUCUCCGCCAUGUUCAAUCGUCCAAAUGGCCUGUUCGACCUGACGACACUCAGUCGCGUCAAAAUACGCGACAUUGGAGCUCUCUUUUUCUACGCAGACCUUUGGCCCGUUGUCGGCUCGUCAAUAACUCACCUCGAUUUCGAGGUUGGGAAAUAUGUGCGAGACGAAUACGUCGAACCCCAAUUCAUGUCAUUCACUGCGCUCACCCAUCUAACUCUCUCGGUUACCGCAUGCCGACUUCAUCUCCCCAACCUUCUGACAGUUCUCUCCCAUAUCCACCUCAUCUCGUCACUUCAACACCUUUAUAUCGUCUGGCCCCAGCUUAGAAAUACGUGGGACCUAUUCUCGGAUUUUCAGGGAUGCGACGCACUCGAUAGUAUUCUAGCUGGGCUCCCGGAAAGUAUCAAGGGACUGAAGUUGAUCGUACUGGAGAUGAGAUGUCACUGCCCGUGGCAGGCGCCAUUCGAAGAUGGAUACGAGAGAGAGAUGUUGGCCAGGACGGAGAAGACGGGGAUUUUAGAUUUGAAAGUCUUGGAGAUCUCGGGCUAUACGAUGUAUGGCGAGCCGGUAUUUCCGAAGUAG